CUGGAUUUUCUCGGUUUUAUAUCCAAAUAAAUUGGAUUCACUCACGUCUUCAGAACAAAUUUUCCUUAAAAGGUAUCCACGGGUAAUGAGCUCACUUUUGUUCUCCAGCUCCACCAUGAAGGACCGAGACUCUCUGACCAUCCUGCACUACAGCAGCCAAAGCAAGGCUAACCCACAGUUCCCCGCCUCCAACCUCCACCCGACCGGCCCGACCUUGGGGAAGCCGCAACCUUUCUGUUUGCAGUCCGGACAGCACCUCCUGGCCAGCAUGCAGCUUCAGAAGCUUAACAGCCAUUACCAAAGCUUGGCUGGAGCCUCUGGAGGCUCCACUGGACCCGCAAGAACCUAUGGGAACACCACGCUGGGUACCGGACAGAUGACCACCCCCGGGAUGUCUCAGGGGCCCGGCAUCAUCGACUCGGACCCAGUGGACGAGGAGGUUCUGAUGUCGCUGGUGGUGGAGCUGGGUUUGGACCGGGCCAAUGAGUUGCCGGAGCUGUGGCUGGGGCAGAAUGAGUUUGACUUUAUCUCUGAUGUACCUGCAGGGUGCUGA